AUGGAGGCAUCUGGACAAUCACGCAGGGGUCGAAACUCCACUCCGAGUAUCGAGUCGGACGACACGAUCUCGAAGACUGGCCUUCCGUCACCGCCCCUACUGUCGCCCGAAGAGACGAAGCGGUUGUACAGGAAGGUUGACAUCAGGUUGAUCCCUAUUCUUGCACUCAUGUACCUCUUCGCUGGGGUAGACAGAGGAAAUAUUGGGAACGCUCGACUUCAAGGGCUUGAGAGUCAGCUAGGUUUGGUCGGCGACCAGUUCAACAUUGCCCUGACGAUGUUCUUCAUUCCGUACUGCCUAUUCGAAUGCCCUUCGAACCUGGUGAUCAAGCGUUUUCUCCCCUCCCGUUGGCUGCCUGGUAUCACGAUUCUCUGGGGAGCCAUCACGGCCCUGAUGGGUCUCGUAAAAAAUUAUCCACAGCUGGUUGGUGUCCGUGUCUGUUUAGGUAUCGCCGAAGCGGGCUUGUUCCCCGGGGUGGUGUAUUACCUUACACUUUGGUAUCCUCGUUCUAUGCUCCAGUCACGAAUUGGCUUCUUCUUCGGAGCAGGAUCACUAGCAGGAGCAUUCAGCGGUCUAUGGGCAUACGGAAUAUCAUUCAUGAGCGGUGCAGGCGGCUUGCAGUCCUGGAGUUGGAUCUUCAUACUGGAAGGUUCAGCAACAGUGCUCGUAGGUAUCCUUGGAUUGUUCAUCCUUCCGGAUUUUCCGUACGGAGUCAGUUUCCUCACUCUAGAGGAGCAAGCCUACAUUCUCCACAAUCGUGGAUCAGCCAAUUCUGACGUUGGCGAAGACGAGCAUUUUUCAAGUCGACACGUCUGGGACGCCUUGAAGGACUGGCAAGUCUGGUUGCAGAUCUUGGUGUAUUUCUGCAUUGUUGGCCCUCUUUAUGGGAUUGCACUUUUCUUGCCUACCAUCAUCAAUGGGUUUGGAUAUUCGACCGCAGUCAGCCAAUUGUUGACCAUCCCGCCAUACAUUGUGGCUACCAUCCUGAUGGUAACUUUCUCCAUCUGGUCUGACGCCGUGCGCAAGCGCUCUCCUUUUAUUCUCGCGGGCUUAUGCAUGCUCGUCGUCGGUUACUCGAUCAACAUCUCGGCUGCCCCGGCGGGCGUCAAAUACUUCGGAACGUUCCUCUGCGUAGGAGGCGCCUACGCCGCAUUUCCUGGGGCCGUGGCCUGGCUGGGAAAUAACCUUUCGGGUCAUUACAAGAGAGCUGUGGGUAUGGCGCUACAGAUUGGAAUUGGGAACUUUGGAGGGGCCGUUGCUUCGAACGUAUAUCGUAGCCAGGACGAGCCACGAUACCUUGUCGGCCACGGGAUUAUGCUCAUGUUCGUGGGCAUCGGCCUUAUCACUGUCCCAACCGUCGCCUACAUCUACCAUAGGACCAAUCAAAGACGAGCUGCGAUGUCCAUCCAGAAUGAAGAUAGCGAUUCCGGAACUAGAAGAGACUUGGAUCGGGAGUCGAGGGAACUGGGGGACAAGGCCUCUACGUUUAGGUAUAUCUUGUAA